UGCUCUGGGCCUGAUGGGAGUCGUAUUUCUGCAGGUGAAUCGCUGAGUUGCUAUGUGGAAACCAAACUACAAGUCCUGGGAGUUGUGCCCCGUCCCUGCCCGAGCGGGGAGGCUGGCCCAGCGGCCGGCUCUCAGAACCGCCACCUGCGAUGCUGCUGCUGUGGGUGUCGGUGGUCGCGGUCUCCUCGGCGCUGGCGGCACCGGCCCCCGGGACAGGGGGACAGAGGCGGGGCGCAGCCGGAGCGCCCAACGUGGUGCUAGUCGUGAGCGACUCCUUCGAUGGAAGGUUAACAUUUCAUCCAGGAAGUCAGGUAGUGAAACUUCCUUUUAUCAACUUAAUGAAAGCACAUGGCACUUCCUUUCUGAAUGCCUAUACAAACUCUCCAAUCUGUUGCCCAUCACGUGCAGCAAUGUGGAGUGGCCUCUUCACUCACUUGACAGAAUCUUGGAAUAACUUUAAGGGUCUAGAUCCAAAUUAUACAACCUGGAUAGAUGUCAUGAAGAAGCAUGGCUACCGAACACAAAAAUUUGGAAAACUGGACUAUACCUCAGGACAUCAUUCCAUUAGUAAUCGUGUGGAAGCAUGGACAAGAGAUGUUGCUUUCUUACUCAGACAAGAAGGCAGGCCUAUGGUUAAUCUUAUCCGUAAUAAGACUAAAGUAAGAGUGAUGGAAAAAGACUGGAAGAAUACAGACAAAGCAAUAAAUUGGUUAAAAAAGGAAGCAAUUAAUUAUACUGAACCAUUUGUUCUUUAUUUGGGAUUAAAUUUACCACACCCUUACCCUUCACCAUCUUCAGGAGAAAAUUUUGGGUCUUCAACCUUUCAUACAUCUCUUUAUUGGCUUGAAAGAGUAUCUCGCGAUGCUAUCAAGAUCCCAAAAUGGUUACCUCUGUCAGAAAUGCACCCUGUAGAUUAUUACUCUUCUUAUACAAAAAACUGCACUGGAAAGUUUACAGAAAAAGAAAUUAAGAAUAUUAGAGCAUUUUAUUAUGCUAUGUGUGCUGAGACAGAUGCCAUGCUUGGUGAAAUUAUUUUGGCUCUUCGCCAGUUAGAUCUUCUUCAAAAAACUAUUGUCAUAUACUUCUCAGACCAUGGCGAGCUGGCCAUGGAACAUCGACAGUUUUAUAAAAUGAGUAUGUAUGAAGCUAGUGUCCAUGUUCCACUUUUGAUAAUGGGACCAGGAAUUAAGGCCAACCAACAAGUAUCAAAUGUGGUUUCUCUUGUGGAUAUUUACCCUACUAUGCUUGAUAUUGCUCAAAUUCCUCUGCCUCAAAACCUGAGUGGAUACUCUUUGUUGCCAUUGUCAUCAGAAACAUUUAAGAAUGAACAUAAAUUCAAAAAUGUUCAUCCGCCCUGGGUUCUGAGUGAAUUCCAUGGAUGUAAUGUGAAUGCUUCUAUCUACAUGCUUCGAACUAAGCAAUGGAAGUAUAUAGCCUAUUCUGAUGGUGCCUCAGUAUUGCCUCAACUCUUUGAUCUUUCCUCGGAUCCAGAUGAACUAACAAAUAUUGCAAUAAAAUUUCCAGAAAUUACUUUUUCUUUGGAUCAAAAGCUUCGUUCCAUUGUAAACUACCCUAAAGUUUCUGCUUCUGUACACCAAUACAAUAAAGAAGAGUUUAUCAAGUGGAAACAAAGUAUAGGACAAAAUUAUUCAAAUGUUAUAGCAAACCUUAGGUGGCAUCAGGACUGGCUGAAAAAACCAAGAAAAUAUGAAAGUGCAAUUGAUCAGUGGCUUAAAACCCACACUAAUCCAAAAACAGCUUGAACAAAAAUAAGAAAAUAAUGUUCUGGAACUAUAUAUGAAUACAUUAAAAUAACAUAGUUAUAAUUACAUAUUUUAAAUGAAAAUUUUAAUAGUUACUGAUUUUAGCUACUUUGAAAGAAUGUAUUAUAUUUUGAAAUAAAAUGCCAGUGAUUAUAGGAUUACAUAUUUUCAAAAAUGGUUAUUAUCAAGACAUUAUUUGUGCAAACUUCUAACAAUUUAAUUGAAGUAUCAAAAGGAUAUAGCAAAGACUGUAAUAUAAAAGUUAUGUUCUUCUGAAUAAUAUAGAAUAUAAAAUAUUUUAGUUAUUUAUGAAUCAUAAAACAGUUAUGUGUGAGUAUUUGAUGGUGUUUGAUGAGUUAUUUGUAUUUGAUGGGACCAUUUGGAAAUAUCUGAAGUGACUAUUUGGCAUAUUUUAUGGGAAAUAGACCCUGAAUGUAGCUGAUAUUAUUACUUUUUUUUAAACAGGUAAUAUAUGCACAGGGUAAAAACUUCAAAAGGUACAAAAGGGUUAACGGUGAGCAUGAAGUCUCCCUCCUUUCCCAGUCCCCUGCCAUCUAGUUCCCCUUUCAAGAGGCAACUUCUGAAACCACCUUCUUAGGCAUUCUUUUAGACUGAAUUUACAUUUAGAAACAAAUGUAUAGAUUCUUGUUCCCCUACACAAACAGUAGCAUACUCUACACCUUAAAUGGUUACCCAAUUGACCUUUUAUUGAGUAAACUAUCUCUUGUCUCGUUGGUUAAAAAUAUCACUUCAUUAUAUAAUGCCUUUGAUUGAAUAAAUUAUCUUUUCCCCCAUUGAUUUGAAUGGGGGAAAAGUCCUGUUUAUACUUACGCCUUCUCUGAACAUUUUAUUUUGCACUGGGCCAUUCUAUAUUAUUUAUUAAUCUGGUAGUCCAUCUAGUAGGACUAGUCCCUUUGCAACAGGUUUCUUUUCCAGAAUUGUCCUAACUACUCUUGCUCACUUAGUCUUUCCAUUCAAAUUUAGAAUAAGUUUGUCUAGUUACAAAAGUGGAAAACCCUAUUAGUCUUUUCUAUGAAAUGAGUAAAUUUAUAGCCUAAUUUAGAAUUUCGUUAUGAUAGUCAUUCUAAAGAAUAUAGUCUGCUUUUCCCUUUAUUCUUUUUUCCUAUCCCUCAAUAGUAUUCCAGUUUUUCUUCAUAUAGAUCAAUUUCUCUGUAGAGAUUUUUGAAAAGUAGGGACUUUAAAAAAUAACCAUGUAGGCCCCAACCCCACACCAAUUGAAUUAGAAUUCAAGGAGGGAGCCUGGGGCACUGUUUUGAUACCAUUUUGUUUGUUAAUCCCUCCAUGAUCCUAAUAUGUAGCCAGAGGUGAGUUUAUUCCCAUUUGUUUUAUCAUUUGUUGUUGUUGCUAUUUUAAGUGAAUCUUUCUUCCACUAUAUCUUCCAACUGGUUUUUUGUUAAUAUAUGCAAACUCUAUUUCUAUAUAUUUAUUUUGUACCAAACCACUUUAUUGUUUGUUAUAGUUUUUCAAUUGAUACAUUUUCUAAGUAAAAAAAUUUGUGAAUAAUAAUUUUACCUAACUUCAUUACUUUUUCAAAUUCUUUGAAGUUUUUUUCAUGAGCCAAUUCAUCUCCGUUCUUUUGUUUAUUGUUCUUCAGUGA